UUACAAUUGCUAGCAUUACCCACCACCCUCUCACACAGUAAGGUCCUCCAACCAGCAUGCAGUACCACAUUUUCUUGGGAUUCCUGGCCGUGGUGGCCGCUUAUCCCGGCGUGAUCCACGAGGAAGCACCUCAGAUCGAGGAGAAGUACGACCACCACGCGCUCAUAGGCGAGUCGGAGCACACCCAUCAUGUGCAGCACGAGCACGCUAAGUCACAUCAGUCAAUCAAGUUCGAGCAUUUCCACCCCGUCCCCGUAUACGUAAAGAAAGAGCACAGCCAUCUGCUGCACCACCCGCUCGAAAAGGGCAAGCAUGAGUCCACCCUGAAGCAGAUCCACCCUGAGACCGAGCACAGCCAUGGCCACGGUCUCGUGCUUGAAGACCACAGGUUCGACACUGAGCAUCUUGCCGCUGCUCUUGAGCAUGGCGGUCUUGAGCAUCAUGGAGGUUUCGAGCACCACGCCGCCCUUGAAGGUCAUGGACUUGAAGGCGGUUUGGAGCACCAUGGCUUUGAGGCUGCCGAGGGUCUGAAGGCCUACGCCGAGGCGCCCGCUUCCCACGAGGGUUACUACGCCGAACAUGCGCACGCCCUUUCUGAAGACAGCGGUCACGGCUACGGCGGAUACUAAACUUUAAACCAUAGGUGAUUCCUUAAGGGCAUGUCAAAGUGGAGCAUUCCACCGACUGAUACAUUUAAUUCUAUCUUGCCUGUUGAUUAUUAAACUAAGAUCGUAGCAUUUAGUUGCAUCGAUUCGGCUUAAGCUUUGAUAGUACGGCUUUGAACUCUUGAGUGACAAAUGUACCUGACGUAGAUUUAGUAGUAAAAUUCUUAAGCGUUCCGUGAAUUCUUAAAAUGUGAUAGACAUGACCAGUUGUUUGUAAAGUUACAAAAAUAUUCGCUAGUUGUUUUAAAGUGUAAAUGAAAGAAUAACUUGUUGACCUGUGAGUUGCAAUAGAUUUUAGAAAGUCCCCGAACCAGGCCAGACUUGAUCGACUGAUUGAUGUGUCACUGUACCUAGUUGUUUCUGCGUUUAAUACUCGUUAGUACUUAAUUGUAUAACUUGAUGCGACCUAUGCGUCUCAGUGAAAUUGUGAUAUUAAUAAAAUGUUGGUUUUUUAA